AUGAUGGAAGAUGACAAGGACAUUGCCUGUUUGGAAAAUGCCUACGCCCACUCGUUGGAGCUUUUACAAAAGCAGUCCAAUCCAGUACUGCCAGAAUCGUCGAUACUUGAAAACACAAGGUCCGCCCUCCUUCAAAAUAUCCCAGAGCAUGGCCGGGGGAUAGAACAGGCCACGAAUCAUCUCUUGCAAGACCUUGCUCCCGCCCUCAACGCGUCCAGCCUCUCUCCAAACUACUAUGGCUUCGUUGUGGGAGGCGUCACGCCAGCAGCUAGAGUUGCAGACAAUCUAGUCUCAACCUACGAUCAGAAUCCUUCAGUCCACCUGCCGGAUCAAACGGUGGCCAGUAAUGUUGAAGACAAGGCCCUGCGGCUCCUGAUGGAUCUCCUACGUUUUGAUGAGAAAGAGUGGUCUGGAGUUUUCAGUACAGGAGCUACGGCGAGUAAUGUCCUUGGACUGGCUUGCGGCCGCGAGCAGAUUAUCAAUGAACGCAUCAAGAGCUGUUUGGGGCCUGACUCAGAAGAGAGCGUUGGAUCUCUCGGCUUGCUCAAAGCCUGUCGUUUGGCCGGCGUGGAGGAAAUCGAAAUUCUCACCACCAUGGCGCAUUCCUCUCUGUUCAAGGCUUCGAGUAUUUUGGGACUAGGCCGCGCUUGCGUUCAUGAUGUUGGAAAAUCCGAUGGCUAUGUUACUUUUGAUUUGCAGAAAUUAGAACAGCAACUGAAGUCGGGCCAUCAUAACAGUGCUUCGAUUGUCGUGGUCUCGUGUGGGGAGGUCAACACGGGUCUGUUCGCAACCCACGGUAUCGCAGAAGUCCAAGCCUUAAGGAACCUUUGUGAUGAGUAUGGUGCCUGGCUGCACGUCGACGGAGCAUUUGGGCUUUUCGCAAGACUUCUGGAUGGACCGCCCGAGUUUGAGACCGUAGCGCAAGGUGCCCGAGGUUUGACUUUAGCAGACUCGAUCGGUGGCGAUGGGCAUAAGCUUCUGAACGUACCUUAUGAUUGUGGCUUCUUCUUCUGCCGUCACCCAGGCAUUGCUCAGCAAGUCUUUCAAAAUCCAAACGCCGCCUAUCUGAACACCCAAAACUCGGCCACAGACCCGAUACAGUCCCCAAUGAACGUUGGCAUAGAGAACUCGCGACGCUUCAGAGGCCUACCAGUUUACGCGACUCUCAUGGCUUACGGCCGUGAGGGGUAUGCAGACAUGCUCAAGAGACAGAUCCGCUUCGCACGAGCGGUGGCUGCGCAUCUCUUUGAUCAUACAGACUUCGAACUUCUUCCCAAGGAUGUCUUCAGUAACAGAGCCAGCAUCGAUCAGAGUAUUUUCAUCAUCGUACUCUUCAAAGCCAAGAAUAAAGCUCUGAAUGACACGCUUGUCAAAAGGAUCAACGCGAGCUCCAAGAUGUAUGUGUCGGGGACAGUGUGGGAUCAUUGUCCAGCGAGCCGCAUUGCAGUCUCCAACUGGCAAGUCGAUCCAGAUUGUGACCUAAACGUUGUGAGGACGGUUCUCGAGAAUGUUUUAAGCGAGUGGUCCAAAGAAUGCUCAAAAACUUAG